AUGCUUCCCCUUCAAUCACUUCCUUCUUCGUCUGCCAGCCCCAGCCCCCACUCGAGUGUUGCGCCUUCACCCGCCCCACGCUCUGCUACUCCUUCAGCAAUAUCCGUCGUUAUCCCGCCGUCUAAGCGGCAGCGAGUCCUUUCACGCUCUGCCAGCUCCCCCGCUCUUGCUCCUUGGUCUUCUAUUGAUCAGGACGUGCUUGGAAGUCACCUUGCUUGUAUCACUGCUUCGUGUGGAUUCCCGCAAAGCUGGGUGGAAAAUCCGGCGGUGCAGGCCUUUUUCGAGCAAUACUUUCCUACAGCCACUCCGAUUUCGAGCUACUGUCUCACCCACACGUAUAUCCCCCGCCUCCUUGAUGGUUACAGGCAGACUGCUAUGCAAAGGUCUGCGGGCGAGCUGGUAACUCUACAGACUGAUGGCUGGACUGGUAUUAACUCCCGUCAUCUUGUUGCGUUUAUGAUGACAACCUCGCCAAACCGUGAUGUUCACACUGUUGCGGUGAAGGAUGUGUCAUCUGACCGUCGCACUGCUGCACACCUCAAAAAUCUCAUUAUCGAUGUUAUAGGUAAGGUGAAGGCAGAGUGGCAGGCAACAGUUGUUGCCGUCACAUCUGACGCUUCGGGGGAGUCGAGAGCUGCAAGGAAACAGUUGCUAGAGCAGUUUCCUUCGCUGGUAACACCCGACUGUUAUGCUCAUCAGGUAUGA